AUCAAGGCAGACCCAAAGAUAUACUGAACAAAUAUAACAAAACCGCAGAACUUAUCAUUAGUACUUUACAAACAUGAAAAUAAACUACACGACUCCUACAUACACAACGGGUGGAGGUGGACCAAGAUUAUAUAAGAACUGGUAGAAAAUUUACUCCUACGUCUGGCAGCUUACAAUAAUAACAAGGAGAGUCUCCAUUUGGGGGAAGAACUUUGCUUGAAUAUUCCUCUUCAUUAGACUGAUGCUUACAGAACUGUACACACAGCAAGUCAUGGGAUCAUCAUCAGAGGACGAUGGAGAGCUGGUGGUGAAGGAGGAGAACAUAGAAGAUGAAGUAAUGGAUGAUGACAUGGACUCCUGGGAUGACCCUCCUCGCCGGUCUGCCUUCUCUCCAUAUCGACCAGUGACAGUGCUGACCAACCUACAACGUGGCAACAUCCAGACCCAGACUAGCCAGGCCGAACCAGACGACUUCACACUCCAUAACCGAGCAGCCAUGGGGGAGCUCUCAGCACAGGACUUGAGAGAAGUUGAGGUGGAUGAGGUGGACAGCCAUGGCUUCACCUCCCUGAUGUGGGCGUGUCACUAUGGCCAGCUGCCCACUGCUCGCCUCUUGCUGCAGCACCGCGCAAAGGUUAACAUGGAAGGUGAGGAUGGGGAGACAGCCCUGCUCCUGGCUGCUAGUAACGGCCACCAUGAGAUAGUGAAGCUCCUCAUAUCCUGUGGGGGUGAUCCCUGUCAUACUGACCAUAUGGGCAACACUGGCCUGAUGUAUGCAGCACAUGGUGGCCACUCACACACUGCCCAUGAGCUGCUAGAGCAUGGCGCUGAUCCCACCGCCACCAACCUGGCAGGAGCUACUGCCUUCAGCAUUGCCGUCAACCGUGGCAAUAAACAAGUGCAACUUAUUCUGGAAAGAAGCUUGCUGAAGUUGCUGGAGGGUUCCUAGCUGCAUUAAGCAUUGUCAGGAUGGAGAGUGCAAAUGGUCAUAUGCAAGCUGACUCUUUUCCAAGCUGCAACUAUUCUUGUCACUUACAAAUUCAGAAGAACCAGACUUUUGAUAGGAUGAGUUUUUUGUCAUUAUUAGAUCCGUAUAAACUACUACUAGACUCUCUUUUAUACAUUAGAAGCAAAGUCUCUAUUCACAUACUGCUGGCUGUGUUGCUGUGCUGUCAGUGGUCAUAACGAGUCCCUAGGAACAUUUUCAUGCCUCAUCUCAUUGUACAGUUUUGCAUACAUUUUUGUAAUUCAUGGGUGCAUUGUAUAGAGAUAUGUUAUAUUGAUAAAAUUCAUUCAUUUAUUCAUUAGAUACUAAGGCCUUCACAAAAAAAAGUUUAUUGAGGAUGUAUAGUACAAAAUUGGCAUUAUUUAGUAACAGAUGUAGCUUAUUUUUUUCCUUGCUUCUGUGUAUAGUUUGUGAUGAUGUUCAUUAUUGGAAAGGUCUAUUAUACACGAAGCUGUACAAAGUGUGUGAAUUACGUAUCACAUUUACUGAAUCACUAUGACAAGGGAGACUGAUACUAAGUGGUUUCUGCAACAAGACAAAUUCUAUUACAUAUUUUAUAAAUAAGUACACACAUUAAGAGUUGUGUGGUUGAUGGAGUGCUGUGUUUUAGUUAUUAAGGAAUACUAACAUUAGUAAUUCAGAUGAAGAGAAAGGAAAGAUAUGAGACUGGGUGAUUGAUGGGAAACUGGAUCUUCAGUAUAAAAGAAACAUGUCAAACUUGGUACUGAAGUAUAGUUCAUUUCUAGGCUUAGUAAUUGAAUCAUACUCUCAGGAUUAAAAUAUUAGUGUGCUCAUAUUAGUAUGGAAUUUGCUAUACUGAUACUGGAUUUGUACCUAUGAAGUUAUUAAGGUCUGAAGGGCUUGUAUAAAGUGUGCCAAAAUUAAAGUGUUUAUA